AUGAACAACAAUAAUUUGAAUAACAAUAGCCAUAAUGAACGGCAGCAACAGACAGCGCCAGCAGCAGCAGCAACCAGCGGCAGCAGCAGCAGCAACAACAACAAUUGCCACAGCAGCCACAUGAGAAAUAUAAGCCAUGCUAGUAAUAACAAUCAACAACAACAACAGGAUAGUAAUAAAACCACUUUAUUGAUGGUCAACACAAAUCCAUCAACAUCAACCACAGGCACUGCAACAGCAACAACAACAACUGGAUCAGGUCUGACUGUAGGAACAACAACGAUCAGCAAUAACAAUCAUGACUCUAGCAAUACUUCCAACUACAAUAAUAAUAAUAACAAUCAUAUCUAUAUAAAUCCACAUAGCUAUGAUAGUAGCACAACAGGAUCUGUUAGCGGAUCAACAGCCAUAAUGCUGCCACUUGCAACCGAAUCGAGCAGACAAAACCAAUCGCAAUCACAGCAGCAACAUCAACAACAUCAAAAUCAACAUCAGCAUCAACAACAACAGCAGCAACAACUAAACCUUGGUGCAAUUAGCCAUGCUGGCACCUCAACAUCAACAACUCUGAGUACCCUAAAUACAUAUCUUUUUCCGCUAGAUGGCAGCAAUAAUAGUGCCAGCUGCGAUUUGGAUAGCAAUUUUAGUCAAAUGGUCGCCGGUGUGAACAAUGGCAGCAGCAACAGUGAAAUCGGUCGAGCCAGCGGAGGCAGCGGCGGCAACAAUUCUCCCCAUGCGGCAACAACAACAGCCGGCUUGGGUCUGGGCAUGCAAUUGGGAUUGGGUUUCAUCAAUAAGCGACGCAUUCGUCGAUUAUUCGGCGUGGGCGAUGGAGCCGAUAGUGAUGGUCCCUAUGCCUCAGCCUUGAGGCGCAGCAGUACACAAUUGUUGCAAUUCCACAAAAAGAAAGAGCAAUUAGAGCAGCAGCAACGUAUUGCCACAGUUGCAUCGGCUAAUGCGGCAUUUUUAGAGAAGCGAGAGCUGCAACAGCAACAACAACGCCAGCAGCAGCAACAACAACUACAGCAGCAUCAGCAACAACCAGGACAACAUCAGCAACUUCAAUUUAAUCUCCUUCAAUUGCAACCUGAGACAAAGAAGAAGAAAAAGCCACCUGGUCCACCGCCUCAAGUACGCCAGCAAUCCUCACGCACCAUGGAUGAUCCCCUGAUGAAUCGUCCAAGGAAGCAACAACCCAAAAAGAAGGAGAAGCAACCGCUACCCCUGUUCACCUCCUCUCUGGACCACGGAGGCUAUGAGAAGUACCCAAAAAAUACCAAAAACCAAGCACACAAAGUUACAUUAAUUAAAUAUUUCACGUGCCUUAAUUAA